ACAGCAGGCGCUCCCGAGAGUUGCGCGCAGUACUCAGUGAAUGUAGCUACUGUACAUACACACACACACACACAUACACACACGCGCGCGCGCACGCACACACACACACACACACACACAUACAAAGCUUUGACCAUGGCGGAAGAAGACGACACGAAAAUCCGGAUUCUACAAAGUCUACGAGGGAAAAUCUGUGAAGGCCGUAACCUAGGUGUCGGUUCUGGAUCGAAUCGUCUCCGCGACAUUGGUACAUUUUGCACCAUCAGUCUGGACCAGGAGGAAGUGUUCCGCACAAAAGUGUGUGACAGGAGUCUGAGGGAUCUGUUCUCACCACGGCUAUCAAGACAAACAGCAUGUGGAAAAAACCUGAUUUACAUACCGUUUCCUCCCCCUGCUUUCCCGUUUUAUGGGGAAGAUUUCUACUUUGAGAUCCCUCGGCCGUUCCAGUGUCUGUCCUUCUACGUUUACGCCAAGUCUGUGUUUCAGAGGGAUCUGACCAUCGGGAAGGUGGCCCUCAGGAAGGAGGAGUUGAGUAAUUACAGUGGGAAGGAGCACUGGUUCCCAUUGCAGCCCGUGGAUCCCAACUCAGAGGUGCAGGGGAAGGUUCAUCUAGAGAUGAAGCUUAAUGAAGUGAUCACAGAUAACGGGCCUCCCUCUUCGCGCCUGCAGGUCAGGAUAAUCGAGUGCCAGGGUUUACCGUUAAUCAGUGGGCAGGCCUGCGACUCUUACGCUUCUGUAACGCUCAUCGGCCCUGCAAGGGCAGAUCAGAGGAAGACAAAGGUGAAGAAGAAAACCAGCGACCCUCACUUUGAUGAGACAAUUUACUUUGAGGUUUCCAGGCCAAGCAACUACAACAGGAAGAACUUCCAUUUAGAGGAUGAGGACAUUGAGAAACUGGAGAUCAAGGUGGAGUUAUGGAAUAAUGGGAAUCUGGCUCAGGAUGUGUUUCUGGGUGAAACAAGAGUGUCAGUAAAAAUCCUGAGAAAUGACCACGUACACAAAGCUUGGUAUCUCCUCCUGCCAAGAGGUAAUGGUGUGAAGUGUAAGCCUGACGAUCUCGGCUCUUUGCGUUUGAAUGUUUGUUACACUGAGGACAACGUGCUGCCGCCAAACAACUACAUCAACCUGAGAAACCUACUACUCAAAUCACCCGAUGUACAGCCAAUCUCAGCAUCUGCUGCUCAUAUUCUGGGUGACGUGUGUAGAGAUCGAUCCGAAGCCUCACUGCCUUUAGUGCGACUUUUACUGUAUCACAACAGACUGCUGCCUUUUCUCACGGCUAUUGCUGCCUUAGAGCUGGAGAACACACAAGAGGCGAACACCAUCUUUCGUGGGAAUUCUCUGGCCACACGCUGUAUCGAUGAUAUGAUGAAGAUGGUGGGACGAAAUUAUCUGAACAUCACGCUGAAGCCUGUGCUGGAUGAGAUUUGUGAGUCUAGUAAAACAUGUGAAAUUGAUCCAAUCAAACUGAAGGAGGGAGAUAACGUUGAGGUCAAUAAGGAGAACCUGCAGAUCUAUGUUCAGAAGGUGUUCUCGUCCAUUACGGAGUCAAGUGCGAGUUGUCCACCUCUGAUGUGUGACGUGUUCCGAUCCCUACGUCAGCUCGCCUCUCGCCGCUUUCCCAGUGAUCCUCAUGUUCAGUAUUCUGCUGUGAGCAGUUUUGUGUUCCUGAGGUUUUUUGCUGUAGCUGUGCUCUCUCCACAUACCUUCCAGCUCCGGCCACACCAUCCAGAUCCAGAAGUUUCCCGAACUCUCACACUCAUCUCUAAAACCAUCCAGACUUUGGGCAGCUGGAGCAGCCUGUCUAAAAACAAACUGUCGAGCUUCAAAGAGACCUACAUGUGUGAUUUCUUCAAAUUAUUCCAGGAAGAUCAAUGUAUAGAGAAAGUAAAGAAGUUUUUAGAUGACAUCUCGUCCAACGUGUGUAAAGGCACCAGCGGAGCGGAAGAUUCGGUUGUGCUGAAAGAGGGAGAGGUCCACAAGCGAGCCCAGGGUAAAAAGCCUCUAGGGAAGAACUUUAAGAAGCGCUGGUUGAGAGUUACCAGUCGAGAGCUGUCAUACCAUAAACAAAAAGGGAAAGUUCCACUGUGUGUGAUUCCUGUAAAGAGCAUCACAGGAGUAGAGAAACUGGAUGAGAGCACCUUCAACCGCAAAAACAUGUUCCAGGUGAUCUUCAGUGACAAACCCCUCUACGUUCAGGCAGGGAACUGUGUCGAGACGAGUGAGUGGAUCGAUGUGUUGACUCAGCUCAUCCGCUGCAACACUGAUCGACUCGGUGUGUUCCACGCGGCUGUCAGCAGCAGAGACAGCACACUGGCGAAUAUCCAGCUGGAGAUUGACUGCGACAGAGAGACCGAGAGAAUUUUCUCUCUGUUCAGUGCCAGUUCAUCCCGUCUGCAGAAAAUGGAGGAUGCCUGUGCCAGUAUGUCGGUGUACCUGGGCCAGCAGAAGGAGCAGGAGGAGUACUCUGCCUUCAUUAUUCAGGACCCGAAGGAGACAUUCCGCACCAUCAAGGAGAUCAAAGAAGUCCUGAAGGACCUGCAGCUCAAACACAAUGCCACCGAGCUCACAGACCAGCCAGGGACAAUUGAGAAUCCAAUCGUGGGGAAGAGGUCAUGACGCUCCGAGGGUGGUUCAUCCCUCCACACCGGCAGGUGGUACUGCCCAAUGCCAGCUGCUGAGACUGGAAUGGAGUGAUGGCUGCAGGCUCAUAAUGAAGAAAAAGACUAAUGGGGAGAAUCAGCGACUCUCGCACUCCGUGCUGGACCUUAAAUCACCUCUGACAAACGUGUUAGACUUUUUCACUGAGAUAAGCACUCUUGAUCACAACGCUGUGACGGACGAGACUCCACCAGUGAUACGAGAAUACGAAUAUGGCUGCUAAACAGACGAACUUUGACCUCCAGUUUGAAAACAAUCGUUUAAAACCCUUCCGCAUUUUAUAGCCCUUCGAUGUCUGAUGUCUUUGUUGUGCAUCAAAGGGAAUUUUCCCAACUUUUCUAUUCUAGUCUUUUAUAUUCGUACAUGGAGUGUGUGGAUGUGCACACACACUCGUUUUUUGAACACACACACACACACACACACACACACACACACACACACACACACACACACAGAAAUGGCACUUUAGACAUUUGGAAUGAUCCAGAUGAGUAUAUUUGAUACACUGUAUCAUUACUUGAUUGAUCAGUUGAAUGAUCGCAUCAUUAUAACGCUUGUCUCUGUAAAGUUUGUAAUUGAUAUGUUUCUCACGCCAAAGACAGUUUCUCAGUUUGCUGACAUGUAAACGGCAUUAUUUUGGAAUACUCACCUUUAAACAAUCUAUAUUUCUCAUCUCACACAAAAAAAAACAUGAUUUUUUUAUUUUUUUUAUUUUAUUUUUUUUUAAUUUGUGAUGAACACGCAUAAUCAGACCUGCUCUGUGAUUUUGCACAAGUCAUUUUCUCAGACGGAAGAAUAGUGAAAUAGACAGGUGUGAAGGAAACGUGGAAUGGUGUCCAGAUGGAAGGAUUCUGAAAAAGAUCGAUAGGUGACAGAUAGAGUGAUGGAGUUAAUACAUUCCAUGAUUAGCAUGUGUAUCCAAUCAGGCAUUUCCUUUUUUUUAAACUUCUCAGUGCACAUUGACUCAAAGACAAAGGUCUUAUCUGUAGUAAUCUAUUCUUUUUAUUUUCCUGUUAUUUUUACCACAUGGAUAACUCGACCUUGUGUGACCUGUAAGUGUUUUUUGUUUUUGUUUUUUUGUACUAUUUGUUAUAAAUUGCAUUUGGAUAAACGGAGAUCUGAUGGGAUCUGUUGGUACACUGAUUAAACUGAUCAGGUAAAAUUUGUUACAGUAGGUACGAUAUGGACAGGCACGUUAGACAUGUCUUUCUGUGCCACGUCUCUAAGCCCCGCCUCCUGCAUCUGGUUCGAUAUUGUUUUCUCCUGAUCAGAUUUAUUAUUUCACUGCUGUCCUAAUACACCCCCCCCCUCCCCCCACAAACAUACCUCUGCUCAUUUAAGCUUAUCUGACAUUCCUCUGAAUAAAUGAAGGAUCUAUUAUGUGCUCAA